GCAGCUCUCAGCAAUGCCGGAUCCUUAACCCCUUAGCAAGGCCAGGGAUCAAAACCACAUCCUCAUGGAUACCAGUUGGGUUUGUAAUCCGCUGAGCCACACUGAGAAUUCCCCUUACCUCUUUUAAAGAGUUAAACAGGUUUUUUUUAAAAUCUUAAUGUACAAAAACUACACUGUAGCCCUCACCCACCCCACCCCUGUUUAUACUCAGACGGUUAGUCAUCCUUAGUCCCUUUGGGUUUCUGACAGUCUCUCCAUCUUCCCUUAUUUGUCAGGACCCUGACAUUUUUGAGGAGUACUGGUUAGGUGUUUGUAAGACUGUCCCUUAAGGGGGCUUGUCUGAUGCUUUUCUCAUGAUGGGACUGCUUGUGCGUGUUUGCGGGAAGAGCACACCCUGUCGGGGAGUGCGCCGGCUCCACGUGAUGUUCCUGCGGUCGUUGACCAUGAUCCCUUGGCUAAAGCAGCGUCUGCCAGAGUUCCACUGUUAAGUUGCUAGUUUUCCAUUUCCAUGUUCUGGUCAGUCACAGUGAGUCACUAAAUCUAGCCGAUGCUCAGGUGGAGAGGAAUUUAGUUCUACCUCUUGAGGGGGAUUAUCUGAUAAUACUAAGUCAUUUGUUUUGUUGCUUGACUUGUUCCAGCUUUGGCCAUGAGGAGUUGUUUUAGGCCGGCUCCUAUAUCCCUUUGACAUGCUUUCAUCUUUUUGUGUUUUGAGCCCCUCUUUUCUUUCGGGCACUGCAAGAAGAAGGUCCAGCCUCAGGAUCAGCCGUUUCUCAAAGGAGCCCUGGUUCCUUUAAUCAGUUUAGAAACCAGGAUCUAGGUGCUGCGUGUGAUGGUCGUUACUGGGAUGUCACUGCUUCGAGGUCCUCUCAGCAGACAGCGAGGAAAUAUCUGUAUGUAUUCCGUCCUGUGUGUCUAUAUAUUUAUAGGCAACCUCUGCAUCUCUCCCUCUGCAUGCGUCUUAAGCUAAGUAUGGGUUCGUUCAUAUUGAUGUCUUGGGCUCUGUCCAGUACCUCGGGGUUCAUUCCAAACCGCCCCCUCCACACACACAACCUCUUGCUUUUCUGUAGCUUCUCUCUUUUCUGUUUUCUGUUUUCCUUUUUUAUGGCCAAACCUGCGGCAUAUGGAAGUUCCCAUGCUAGGGUUUGAAUCAGAGCUGCAACUGCAGGCCUGUGCCACAGCCACAGCCACACCAGAUCCAAGCCGCAUCUGUGAACUGUGCUUUGAUCUCAAAGGGGUGGAAUAGCAUUUCUAAAAGACUACAUUCUGGGUUAUAAUCCUUAGGUUAGCUCAAAUAAAAUUUUCCAUUUCUUUCUCAGAUUGAUUCUUGAUUAAUUUUUCAUGGACAGAAUCAAUGUUGAACUUCAUCUAUUCUAGCAAAAAGUUAGCAUUCAUCUGUGGAUACGAAUUGAGCUAAUUUCUAGGAGGAAGAGGAAAACCCAUUCAGGUCUUUAAAAGAUGAAUUUCCAAUACAGUUUUACUUUUUAUAUUAAUAAAUAUCAACUUGUGGUUUAUUUUGAUCAAUUGUGUACUACUAGUAAUUUUAAUGAAUUUUUAAAAGCCUAUUAUUAGGAAAUAGACAUUAACUUCCAUUUAUACGAUAGGCGAUCGAUAAGAUUUUGAGUCCUGGAAAACGUUAUGAAUGGAAAUAUGAGUUCAAUGAGAGAGAGGAAUAAUAAUGUAAACUUUCUGAUUCUUAAAGAAGAGCACUUUUUAAAAAAAAUAGAUGAUGGUGGGUUUCAAAUUGCUGUAGCAUUUAGAUUCCGUUGAAUAUGUUUUACUUGUGUCAGUAUUUAUAAUUGCUGGAAAUUACAUCCUUUCAACUACUUAAACAUGUAAUGAAACGUUUCAGACAGCAGCUCAGUGUGCAAUGGGAAUGAGACAUGGGUGGGGGCGUGUCGGGGAGAUGGUGAGAGCGUGUUUGCUUGCAGACCACUGGGCACAGCCAGUUUCCUAAGAGGUCCCCAUAGGAUGUCCCCCGCUGUGGCCAAAACAAUAGGGCUCUGUUCCAGUCUCUUGAAAGUAUUUGAGACCUUGCAGGAGAAACUGGUCCUGUCUCAUUUGUAAAACUGGGAAACUGCUACCUUGCUCAGUAGUUGCAAAGAAUAGUGAUAAUGUAUGCAAAGCAUCUAGUUCACCUUAAACAAGAAAGAGAAGCGAUAAGGCUUGUUGAGUAUUAGCAGAAGGGUUCCGAGGUAUCGCGGCUAGGUCUCCAAACUCCCCGUCCCCCAACCUUCUUCCGGGUGGACCGGCCCUGUGCCCCGCCCGCUGUCCCUCGCGCGGCUCCGCCCCCGGCCGCUCUGAGGCGCGGCGGCCAAGGGAGCCCGGAUCCACCCGGGAAGCUUCUCUUGCCCGGCGGAGCAGGGAACUGUGCAUCGGAGACCAUGGAAAAAUAUGACGUGAUUAAGGUCAUUGGGGAAGGUGCCUUUGGGAAAGCCUACUUGGCCAAAGGGAGAAUGGAUAGUGAGCACUGUGUUAUAAAAGAGGUCAAUUUUGCAAAGAUGCCCAUCCAAGAAAAAGAAGCUUCCAAGAAGGAAGUCAUUCUUCUGGCAAAGAUGAAACAUCCCAACAUCGUAAGCUUCUUCAGCUCAUUUCAAGAGAACGGCAGGCUGUUCAUUGUGAUGGAGUAUUGUGAUGGAGGGGAUCUCAUGAAAAGGAUCAAGAGACAACGGGGAGUGUUGUUUAGGGAGGAUCAGAUUCUGAGUUGGUUUGUACAGAUUUCUCUAGGACUAAAACAUAUUCAUGACAGGAAGAUCUUACACAGGGACAUAAAAGCACAGAACGUUUUUCUUAGCCAGAAUGGAAUGGUUGCAAAGCUUGGGGACUUUGGUAUUGCAAGAGUCCUGAACAAUACCAUGGAACUUGCUAGAACUUGUGUUGGAACACCUUACUACCUGUCCCCAGAGAUCUGUCAGAAUAAACCCUACAACAAUAAAACGGAUAUUUGGUCUCUUGGCUGUGUCUUAUAUGAGCUCUGCACACUCAAACAUCCUUUUGAAGGUAACAACCUACCCCAGCUGGUGCUGAAGAUUUGUCGAGCGCACAUUGCCCCAGUGUCUCCACGGUUUUCCCGUGACCUCCAGUCCUUAAUAUCCCAGCUUUUUGAAGUAUCGCCCCGAGAUCGACCAUCCAUCAAUUCCAUCUUGAGAAGGCCCUUCUUAGAGAGACUCAUUGUCAACCACUUGACUCCUGAGGUCAUUCGGGAAGAAUUCACUCACACGCUCAUCCAUCAAGCAAGAGCGUCCGCUUCUCAACCAGCUGGAAGGGUGGUCCCAGAUUCUGGAAUACAGAGAGUGAGAUUCCAGGGAAAGUGCCCACCAGGAUCAAGGCUAUCAGUGCCAAAGAAAAGGAAGGACAUAUUCUAUAGACACGAAUGGAGACCACCAGCUGGAGCCCAGAAGCCCAUAUCUACAGCAAUGGUGGAAAGGCCCAAACUUGCUGCAGUGCGUGGACAUUAUGCCUAUUUCUACGCCCAACUUGACGGGUUGAGGGACAGAGCCCAUGGACCAAACUGCCACCACGAUCCUCAAAAAGAUACCGAGGUUGAGGAGACUUAUAACCUGGCAGAAAUCCACAGUCCGCCUCCAGGCCAACGGACCGCUGAAUACCUUCAGAGGAAACGCGAAGCUCAACAAUAUAAGCUGAAAGUGGAAAAGCAGUUGGGUCUUCGUCCAUCCUCUGCUGAGCCAAAUCACGAGCAGAGGCAAGAGCCAAGAAGCGACGGAGAAGAGCCUGGAUUCCAGGGGCCGCAGUUCAGGAGGAAUGAAACGAAGGAACAGGAAUAUUGGAAGCAGUUGGAGCAAAUACGCCAACAGUACCACAGCGACAUGAAGGCAAUUAGAAAGAAGAUGGGGUGUGCCCUGGAGGAGGACUCAGAAAUAAGUCAUAAAACCUAUUUGGUGAAGAAGAGCGACCGGCCCAUCCACCAAGAGGCACCUGAGGAAGAAGCACCUGUGCAGGCUAUUGAAAGAGACUUGAAACAAAGUAGACUUCAGAGCAGAAAGGAAAGUAAAAUUCCAGAACCAAAACAUAAAGCUAAGAGAGGAGUAAAAUUUGAAAUUAAUUUAGACAAAUGUAUUUCUGAUGAAAACAUCCUCCAAGAGGAAGAGGCAAUGGAUGUACUGAAUGAAACUCUGACCUUUGAGGACGGCCUGAAGUUUAAGGAAUACACAGGUAUAAAGGAGCAUGGAGAUGACACAGACAAAGCAUUGGAAAAACUCUGUUGCCCAGGAGCAGACCCAGAGUUCUUCGUUCAGGAUGCUGCUGCUGCUGAGAACCGGAGACAGUGGGAUGCUGAGGCUCCGCAGACUCUGCUGCAGAUGAUGGCCAUGGCCGAUGUCACCUCCACCUGCUCCACGGUGCCCGAGGAUGGCCACGGGAUGGUGAUUGACGGCCUUCCAGAAAGUAGAAAACAGUGGCGGCAUCAAGCGCCGGCAACUUUAAUGAGUGUUUUGGCAGCCGCACAGCUAACAAAUAGCUCCUUUUCUGCCAACAGCGGAGAGUUUGUGGGAACACUAAAACAGUGGCUUCCUACAGAAGAUGAGGGGAAGGUGGAGAUGGCCUCUGAUGUCGAGGUAGAUGGAGAACCAGAACCAAGAUCUGACGAUGAUGAUGAUACAAAUUUUGAAGAGUCUGAAGAUGAGCUAAGAAAUGAAGUGCUAGAAUCCCUGGAAAAACUCACGACGUCCAAAGAGGCAGAAAAAAGAGAAGAAGUUUCUGGUUCUUCUAAGGAUAAUGAAAACUUAAGAGAGGGGACAGGCAUGCAGAAAUAUGCAGAAUUAAACAAAGGUUUGGAGAAUAUUUCUACUCUAUCUGAUGACAAACUUUGUGUUGCAGAAGAUGACCAUGGAACUCCAACCACCAGUCAGAAUAUACAAGUGUGAUUAUUGAACUUUUUCUUAAGUAAUAAGUUAGUGUCUAUUACCUAGUGUCUUUUCAGAUACAAGUCACAAAUAUUCAUUUAUUGUAAGAGUUGUCCAGUAAUCUCUAGGCUUAGUAGUUUUUCCUCUCAAUUUAGACAAUAGGACUAACUUUUGAGUGUAGAAAUGAAUAUUUUUGCUUUGACAUUUUUAUUUUAUUAUUUUUUAAAAUUUUUUAUCUUGUCUCUUUUAGGGCCGCACCCAUGGCACAUGGAGGUUCCCAGGCUAGGGGUCUAAUCGGGGCUGUAGCUGCCGCCCUACACCACAGCCACAGCAACGUGGGAUCCAAGCCGUCUGUGACCUACACCACAGCUCACAGCAACACCAGAUCCUUAACCCACUGAGUGAGGGCAGGGUUCGAACCCACAUCCUCAUGGUUCCUAGUCAGAUUUGUUAACCACUGAGCCAGGAAGGGAUCUCUGCUUUGACAUUUUCAUUAAGAAAUCUUUCAGAUAAUCUAUGUGGCUGCCAAAGUAAUGUGGCUCCUCCCACCCCCAGCACCUACUCCCAAAGAUGUGAAUAUAUUUUUACCUGGCAAGGGUUUAAGGUUGCAGGUGGAAUUAAGGUUGCUAAUCAGCUGACCUUAAAAUAGGGAGGUAUCUUCCAUCAUUCGGGUAGGCUCAAUGUAAGCACAAGAGUCUUGGCAAGUGGAAGGGGGCAGAAGAGGGAACCAGAGAGGUGGCAGCUGAGAGGGAUUUAGCCUGAUGCUGCUGGCUUUGAAGAUGGAGGAAGCGGCCACAAGCUAAAGAAUGCAGGCAGCCUCUAGGAGCUGGGAAAGGCAAGGAAAUGGAUCCUCUCCAAAGCCUGCAGAGGGAAUGCAGCAGUGCCCACGCCUUGAUGUUAAGCUGGUGAAAUGCACUUCAGGCUUCUGACCUACGGAACUGUAAGAGAACACAUUUUGUUGUUUGAACUAAGUUUGUGGUCAUUUGUUGUUAUCGAUGGAACACUAAUAUUCAAACUCGUUUAAAAUAAUGAAUCUGUUACCUUACAAAAUUGUGAUUUUUGAAACUUCUUAGGAUAUACUGAAUAUGAUUUUUGAAGCUGAUGUUGCCAUUUACAGGAGUAAGGUAAUUAAGCAAGGAGAGGAACAGGCAUGUCAAUUUUGUACCAAAUAAUCACUUUAUUAUGUUUCAUUGAAUUAUUUUCUAAUAGUUUCAAAUGUAUAGGUUAUAAACUUCUUGAAGGCAGGGACUAUAUCUGGUCUUUAUUUCAAAUGAUGGUCUUAUACAUAAUGCUCAGCUCAGUGCCAGAAAUGCGUCUUAAUUGAAUAAUACUAGUAACAUUCCCUUAUUAAGACUGUAGGCUCUCUGAGGCAGGAAACUAGACUGAUACUUUUUUCUAUUAAUUAUCCCAGUGCUGAAUGUGUGCCUGGAGCUUAGCAAAUAUUCAUUGAUUUAUUUUAUCUGCUGCUAUGAAGGACAGAGUAGUUAUAGUUUGGCCUGAAAUAUCUGCUCCAUAAUGAAAACAAAAGUGAAGUGGCACGUUGAUGCACUGCUGAACCAAGAAAGCAAAGAUGAGGAGAUGGUCUGCCUCGUACUGAGACUUGGUACAAUUUUAUUCAAUGUGGGGAACACGAGUAUCAGGAUUUCCCUAUCUGGGGCGUGUCCAAUCUUUUUUUUUUUUCUUCUUUUUUUUCGGUCUUUUUAGGGCCACACCCACGGCAUAUAGAGAUUCCCAGGCUAAGGGUCACAUCAGAGCUAUAGCCGCUGGCCUACACCACAGCCACAGCCACGCUGGAUCCUUAACCCACUGAGCGAGGCCAGGGCUCAAACCCGAAUCCUCAUGGAUACUAGUCAGAUUUGUUACUGCUGAGCCAUGAUGGGAACUCCGGGAUGUGCCCAGUCUUUUAUGUCUUUAUUUUCCUGAUGAUGUCUGAGGGUCUGUCCUUUCAACUUGGUAUACAGAGUACAUUCUACUCUUCGAGGGCUCAGUAUGGUCCCAUCACGAGGCUGAGGGUAUCUAACAAUUUUUCACCAUUGUGUUAAUUUCAGACUAGGUAACAUGUGACUCUGAGGAACUGAAGCAUCUUUAAUUUUACAGCUCUUUCAGUGGUCAGUGUAUAUAUGUUUAGUUUACUUUCAGGACAGUAUCUGGUUCACACAUAUUGAAUCUGCUGGUGUCUUCAGGUAAUCCUCAUUCUGAAAAGUAUUCGAAAGCAUGGACAAUGAAACAUGGUUCCUGAAAAUCCCAAAGAUCCAAAGGCCAGUCAGUUAUAUGCAGGAAAGGAAAAAAAAGGAUGACUGUUUAAGGUCAAUGUUUAAGGAUAAACAUGUCAGGUUUGCUCCAAGGACAAGAUGCUUGGCUAAAAUCUCUCUUAGGUAAGAGCCAUCCAUCCUUACCAUUCAUUCCAAGAUUUUGAGUCCCCUGCUGUACGUGAGAAAGCAUUCACUGUGAUUAAGUAUGUUUAUCUGCAAAGUUUUUCAACCUGCUUCAGCCUGAUUCAUCUUACCCAUCUUAUACUCAGCAUGACCUAAAUCAUGUUCCUGAGGCACAGUUCUGAUGACUUUACUCUGGUUCUGGCUUGGCUGCAUCUGUUCAGGUGAAACUAUUGGUUAGAACUGCAUUUGUGUUUUCAGAAUAAAUUGUGUUAGAGAGAUGG